ACUCUUUUCGCUUCCACACACCUUUUCUGUCGGCAAAUUCAUCUGCCUCUUGACGCUUCAUAACCAGCUAUUGUGAAGUCCGUUAUCAAUCCCAUCCCAUCGUUCACUAUGGCGCCCUACCAAGGACACUGCAACUGCGGUUCGAUCAAGGUUACUAUUAGUAACAAGCCCGAGAGCAUCAUCGUCUGCCAUUGCGCAAACUGCAAGCGUGCUGGUGGUCCCUUCUCCAUGAACUUCCUCGUCGACGACGGCCAGUGGAAGGUUGAGGAUAGCCAGAACACCCUGACCGAGUAUCUGGACAACAACACCGAUUCCGGGAACCCUGUGCAUCGGUUCUUCUGUCGGAAUUGCGGCAGCCCGGUCAAGACCACGGCAAAGCCAUUCCCGGGCCAAGCUCUGGUCAAGGCGUCUCUUUUCGAUGACAUCCCCACCAAGAGGAGCGAAGUGUUUGGCCAGAAGGCGUUGAGCUGGGCAUAAAAAUCACGACGGUGGAGUUUGGUGUUCUACAGGCCCAAAAGGUUUUGCACGGGCGGUUUCUUGAGAUUGGGCGGUGAUGUUGUUUGAGGGAAAGCCGAGUCUCCAUUAUAGAAUUCUCAAGUCUUCAAAACCAGAGGCAGCAAGUCCGAAGGGUCUCAAAGCAGAUGUGCUUGUGAUGAAUUUCCUUUCCCGACUGGCACCGGAUGGCCUAAAAUGCAUAUAC